AUGUCGACGACGACAGCAGCGGAGGUGACCGUGUCCACCGCCGUGGCCACUGCCGCCGCCACCAAGUGCCAUAUGUUCAAGAUCGAGGGCUACAAGCGGAUCAAGGCCAUGUACGGCACCGGCAAGUGCAUCGACUCUUGCAGGUUCGAGGCGGCGGACCGUACCUGGAGGAUCCGCUUUUACCCCGACGGGGACAACAGGGAGAACGCGGGCCACGCCUCCCUCUUCCUCAAGCUCGACGACGACGACGACACCGGUGGCAACGGCAAGCGCGACGACAAGGUCCUGGUCGAGUUCAACUUCUCCCUGGUGUGUCACCGCGGCGGGUGGCCGGCCGCCGCCGGGGACCAGCCGCAGAGCGGGGCCCUCACCGCCACCUUCAGCAACAGCAACAAGGCCCUGGGCUACUCCCAGUUCAUGAAGCGCAGGGACCUGGAGCAGUCGAGGUUCCUCAGGGACGACUGCCUCGCCAUCCGCUGCGACAUGGCCGUCCUCGACAGCCCCGUCGACGUCAAGGAGCAGGCCGCGCAGGCGCACGACCUGCAGAGGCUGGGCGUGGCCUGCGACUGCAAGGACGACGCGUGCAAGAGCUAUCACCUCAGGAACGCAUCCUUCUCCUUCAAGUUCAGGGAGGCGCUCCUCAAGCUGUUCUUGGGCUGUUUCCACGUCUGA